CUGUUUACUUGUUCCUCUCUUCCCUUCCCUAGAAAAAAAAAAACUUUUUUUAUGUAAACCCCUUCUCGUCGAUUUCCCCAAUUCGUACACGCAAUUGUUCGAUACGGCACGUCGAAGCUAAUUUCCGAAAAACACCCCUUUGAGAUCUUCGCCUUCCCAGAUUUUCUGAAGCUUUUCUCUGGACAAAAGUGAUUCGCUUGGAACAGAAUUCAUCGGAUGUUGGAUCUGGGCUCUGGGCUAGUGUCCGAACGAUGAAAAGGGUAGGUUUUUCUGGCUUGGAUCUUUGUUCGCCGUCAAUCGGCGUUUAAGGGUUGCGAGUAGUUGUAGAAGGUAAUUGAAAUUUGAGGGGAAGAGAUUGGUCCGAGUUAUGACAGUUCUCGAUAGAUUCUGAUUGUGGAGAUAGUUCUGUUCUUGCUUAGGAAGUUCUUGAGGGAAAGCUUUCUAUUUUGUGUUUUUUUGGCGUUCUUGGGUAUGGAUUAAUGGAUCCGGAGACUUGUGAUAACCCGGAAAUUCAUUCGAAAUCGGCUUUAGUUCGUGAGAAUUCGAGAGAUUCUGUGCUUGAGGCUGUGGUUGUGCUAGACUCAGAAGAAAAUGCAGGUUUCAAUGGACAAACCAGUGAUUCUGUCUCAAAGAAGGUCUUGUCUGAAGAACAAGGGACAGAGGAGGAUCAUAAACUUCAGAAUCUGCAGCAAAAUGAUGUGAAAUCAGUGGAAGAUGAUGCUCUUUUCAUUACCAAUCCAACUAAUUUCGUCCGCGGGGAAGAUGCAGUGGCGGAAAACGUUACUCGGAUAUGUGUUCACGAGGCAGGUUCUGUUAUUGAAGAGGGUGAGACAGUUGUGGAAGAGAAUCCGAACAAAAAGGCGAAAGAGUCACAUGUGAUCGAUUUGAGGAGUGGUAAUAGUGGUGGAGGAGAAUGUGAUGGGAAAAGAGAGUGCAGAAUCUGUCAUUUGAGUUAUGAACAGUCGCCUGAAGUUACCGAUAGAGUUUCUGGUAAGUCGGUGAAUAUGGAUUUGAUCCAGAUCGGUUGCGGAUGUAAAGACGAGCUUGGGAGCGCACACGUUUACUGUGCCGAAGCCUGGUUCAAGCUCAAAGGAAACAGAGUUUGUGAAAUAUGCGGCCAGCCGGCAAGAAACAUAACGGGUCUGCGUAAUAACGGGUUCAUCGAGGAAUGGAGCGGAGAUAGGUUAAUAAACUAUGGAGAAGGAGCGUUCAGACAGAGAAGAAGAUGUGAGGGAGGACCAUCAUGCUGCAACAUCCUCAUGGCUUGUCUUAUCACCAUCUUCGUCUUGCCUUGGUUCUUCCAUGUUAACCUGUUUUGAGCUUUAGCUGCUUACAAAACACUGUCUCGACGGGUUUUUCUCUUCUGUUUGCUUUCGAGAAUCGAAUCGUUGUGCCGCCAUAUGAACACUUUUUUCGAAUUUUUUCGUCGUCUC